GCUGACAUAUGUACCAAUUCUCGUGAGAUUCCCUUAAGAUAGGAAACGUGGUUAGGAAGGAGCACAUCAGGGAGCUUUGAGAACUGGCUGGUGAGGAUUGCGUGCACCCAGGAAUGCGAGGGUCAUUGCUUCUUCCAGGACUCUGCUUUCUGCUAAGCUUGUCAGGAGCUGUGGCUCGGAAAACCACAGGGACCUGUCAUCCGUGCCCCCAAAAUGCUUACUGUGUCAAUGGCACUUACUGUACCUGCAGCCACGGAUACAAGUCUGAAUCUGGACAGAUAUACUUCACUUUCCCCUUGGAGACUUGUAAAGAUAUUGAUGAAUGUAAACCACCCAUUAAUAUAUAUUGUGGAGUGAAUGCUAAAUGUCAGAAUACGGAAGGAAGUUUCUACUGUCACUGUAUCACUGGGUAUAGACUCCUCUCUGGGGAUGAAAAAUUCAGUAAUUCCAGUGAGAACACUUGUCAGAAAAUCACCCCCUCAAAUAAAACCAAAGACACAAAAGAGCUGCAACGUGUUGUUGAGAGGAUUGAAUCACUUCUCAACAACAAGACUCUAUGGGGAAUGGAAGAGAGGAGAAACAUUGCAUCCACCGCUACAUCUUUUCUCCAGACUGUGGAAUCGACUGUUCUGGAUACUGCCUUGAAAGCCCCAGACCAAAAAAUCCAGAAAGUCCAAAACAGUACACUGGCUGUUGAAACUCGAGUUGUUACAGAUUGUUCCCAGGGAAUCAUGUUCAACUUGAAGGCCCAAAUGAACUCAAUGGAUAUCCACUGUGAUGACAUCAUCCAGGGAGACAUACAAGGUCCUAGUGCAGUUGCCUUCGUUUCAUUCUCUUCCCUUGGAAAUAUCAUAAAUGCAACUUUCUUUGAAGAAAUGAAUGAUAAAGAUCGAGUUUACCUGAACUCCCAGGUAGUGAGUGCUGCUAUUGGACCCAAAAGGAACACAUCUCUCUCCCAAUCUGUGAUUCUAAAUUUUCAGCAUGUGAAGAUGAAACCGGGUAUCAAAAAGAUCUUCUGCGUCUACUGGAAAGGCACAAAGGAGGGCGGCCACUGGUCAGAGGGCUGUGUCUUGAUGCAAGCAAAUGAAACUCACACCACAUGUAGCUCCACCCAUCUGUCCAGUUUCGCUGUCCUCAUGGCCUUCCACAGCCAGAAGCAUGAUCCUGCACUAAAUGUGAUCACCUACGUGGGGCUGAGCCUCUCUCUGCUGUGCCUCCUCCUGGCAGCCCUCACCUUCCUGUUGUGCAAACCCAUCCAGAACACCAGCACCUCGCUCCACCUGCAGCUCUCCAUCUGCCUCUUCCUGGCCCACCUAAUCUUCCUCACAGCCAUUGACCAAACAGAGCCCAAGGUGCUGUGUGCCAUCAUUGCAGGUGCCUUACACUAUCUCUACCUGGCCUCCUUCAUCUGGAUGCUGCUGGAGGGCCUGCACCUCUUCCUCACUGCACGCAACCUCAUGGUGGUCAACUACUCCAGUGUGAAUAAGUUCAUGAAGAAGCUCAUGUUCCCUUUAGGCUACGGAGUCCCAGCUGUGAUUGUGGCUAUUUCUGCAGCAUUCAAGCCUCAUCUUUAUGGAACACCUGAUCGAUGCUGGCUCCAUACAGACCAGGGAUUCAUCUGGGGUUUCCUCGGCCCCGUCUGUGCCGUUAUCUGUGUGAAUUUUGUCUUUUUUUUCUUGGUGCUAUGGAUUUUGAAAAGGAAGCUCUCCUCUCUCAAUAGUGAAGUGUCAACCAUCCAGAACAUAAGGAUGCUAACACUCAAAGCAACAGCUCAGCUCUUCAUCCUGGGAUGCACGUGGUGUCUGGGUAUCUUUCAGCUGGGCCCAGCUGCCCACGUCAUGGCCUACCUCUUCACCAUCAUCAAUAGCCUUCAGGGAUUCUUCAUUUUCCUGGUGUAUUGCCUCCUCAGCCAGCAGGUCCAAAAGUGGUUUGGAGAGAUCAUCAAAUCUAAAUCUGAAUCUGAGACUCAUACACUUUCCAGUAGGUUUGGUCCCGAUUCAAAAUCCAGUGAGAACAAGCAAAGAUAAAAAUAUUAAAAGCCAAAACAUUAAACUCCACAUGGAAAUUCAUGCCUGUGGAUCUGGUUGGCAUGAUGAAGAAUGAAAGUGGGAACAAGGAGAACCAUUACACAUGUCAUCCCUGGAGAGGACAUGUUUAACCUUUACUUCCUGAAGUGUUUAUUCUUCAUGAUGGGCUCUCAAUAAGUGUGUGUUCAAUUGGAUUUCUCUUCAUUAUGAUUUAUUUAAUCAUAAAUGAUUUAUCAAUGCUUGUUUCUGAAUACGCAAUCAUGACCAUUGCAAAUACUCCUUGGACUUUUUGUAAAUGAGGAAGCCUCUUUCAAGGCCUUUUUUCAAGUUCUUACUCUCUCUCUCAUCCGAAACUUACUCCUUAAACUCAUCUAGUCCCUCAAACCUUCAGCUUCUUCCAAACCAUCAGCUUUAUCUCUUUUCUUAUCCAGACAAAAUCUUGUGAUCAACCAUAUCAAAUGAUUCUCUCUCACACUUGCAACACCUUUGCUUCCUCCUUCUAAUUCCAUACCUACCUGGGAAAACCUAAAUCUGGGACUGAUCCAAUCAUGGAAGCCACUGUGGACUGUCUCCUCACAGCCAGCACCACCACCACCACAUAGUCCUAAUUAACAAAAUUUGAUUGUUUUCAUAUUUGGAACAGCCAUAUGCCUGGGCUUAGGAUAUCAGUUGAGAUUGGUUUAAGCCCAGUGAUUCUCAACUGGAGGUGAUUUCUCCCCACCAUUAGGAACAUUUAGCAAUGUCUGGAGAUACCUACUUGAACAUAAUUUUUCUCCUUGAGAAAAAUAAAGACAAAUUUGAAAUACCUUGGUAGCAGCAGAUUAAGGAUCUGACAUUUCCAUUGCUGUGGCAUGGGUUCAGUCCCUGGCCCCAGAACUUCUGCAUGCCACAGACACAGUCAAAAAAAAAUAAAUAAAGGCAAAUUCAAGGAGAGCUUGCCUAUUACUUCCUAGUUGCAGCUGCUAUCAUAUAAUAAUACAAUACUUGGAGAGAACAUAUCAUGGACAUACUAAGGAUGGAAGACUAAAAAGAAAAAAAUAACUUGGGCUUUUGUGACACUGUUGGGUUGCUGAUCAGUCCUUGAAUUUUUUUCAUAGGCAAGACAAAUAAAUCCCUUUUGUUAAAUGACUUGCAACCUAAACCAUCCUUUUUUAUGAACCAACCAUGUCUCUUCUCCACUCUCCAUCAGGGCAGUGAGAUCCCAGAAUCAUUCAGCAGGAGCCAUUACAAAUGUAUGCUUUCUUAUAUAAACAAGAUCUUCCAGGCUACCUGAAACUCAUUCUUCCUAUCACUUGUUGACUUCCCCACGUGUAGAGUUCCAGUUUUUCAGUUCUUUACUCUUUCUGCAUCCCCUUUCUGCAUAUAAGGUAGAAGACCUUGUCGCCUACUUCACAGAGAAAAUAAGCAUCAGCUGAUGGGAGCUCCCUUAACCUUCUGACAUCCCUUACAAAUCUACCCACAUCCACACCUAUCUUUGAUUCCUUCUCCCAUUGACGCCCAUCGUCUCCUCCUCCAUUCUUCCACAGCAGCAGAGGGGUCCUUUUUCUUGUUGAAAAACUAACCUCCCUGUAUGUGAUUUCAAUCUUGUUCCCUCCUGCUUCUUUGGGAUCUUUUCUCUAUUGAUAAUCUCCUCUCUCUCCUGAGUCUUCCACCUUUCUCACGUCCUCUCUGCUGGGCCUUCCUCAGUGGUAUUUAUAUGCUAAAGAUGGAUGAGCAAACUUUUUCUGUAAAGGUCCAGAUAAUAAAUAUUUUAGACUUUCA